AUGGGUAAGAUCCACAAGUUCUGGAGCACACAGCCUGUUGAUAGGAAUGGCGAGGAGGCCAUGCCCUCCAAACACACCAUAUCCAUAGAGCAGCCGAAGCUUCCCGAUGGAUUUAGGUUUGAGGAUCUUGGGUGCGUUGAGGAGCUUGCCAAUUUCCUUGAAAAGAAUUAUGUUGAGGACAUCUACUCUGGGCAUAUGCUUAGAUAUUCUGUGGAGUUCCUGCAAUGGAUGUUUGACGGCAGAGAUGGGAAGAAAAGGUACUGCAUUGUGCUCCGGCUAUGCGGGAGAAUGGUGGGGUUUAUAUUUGGGAAGGAGCAUCUGGUGUCCAUCAGAGGAAAGAGAAGCUCGGUGCUUGGGGUGAAUUUCCUAUGCAUUUCCCGGGAAAUGCGUGGGAAAAGGAUGGCGCCUGUACUUAUAAGAGAGAUUACAAGGCGUGCAAAUGUGGACGGGAUCUUCCGGGGAGUGUUUACGAGUGGAACGGAACUGUUUUCCAACGUCUCGCAAGGUAGGUAUUAUCACCGGCCCUUGAAUGCAGAAAGGCUAUUUAUGUGUGGAUUUAGUGACAGGAUAGUGAAAGUUAAAGAGACCCGAGCAAGAGAGGGAACAAGGCUGGCCGAGGAGAAGGACAUGGAGGACAUUGCAAGGCUAUAUCUAGAAGAGAGCAGGAGAUAUGUGUUUUAUGAGGAAAUGAGAUUUGAGGACAUAGUGUCUACCUUUAGGCCUGUGAAGAAUGUGGUGUAUACCUACGUACAUGAAAGUAAUGGGGCUAUCGACGGAUUUGGGGCGUUCUUUGUGGUCGGGACCAUUGAGAAGAAAAGUGGACGACAAAUCCAAGGGGGGUAUCUGUAUUACAGAGGGGGAAAGGAUGUUGCGGAAAUGGUUGGAGAUCUUAUGCACUUUUCGCAAGUUGAGGGCUGCGACGUGUUUAACUGCCUUGACAUGAUGGAGAACUCCUCAUUUCUGGCAAGGCUUGGAUUUGUCUGUGGCAGUGGAGAGAUCCGUUACUACUUAUACAAUUGGAAAAGUGAAGAGAUACCUCGAGAUAAGGUGUUCUUCGUCCUUCCGUAG